AUCUUUUCUCAACACCAAACUUGGUUUUUGUACUAUCCACUUAGCACAAUAAAGAGAGAAAAACAAGGUAAGUUUAGUGAGUGUUCAAAUGGCAGAAAACAAAGAAGAAGAUGUUAAGCUUGGAGCUAACAAAUUCAGAGAAACACAGCCAUUAGGAACAGCUGCUCAAACAGACAAAGAUUACAAAGAACCACCACCAGCUCCUUUGUUUGAACCAGGGGAAUUAUCAUCAUGGUCAUUUUACAGAGCUGGAAUUGCAGAAUUUAUGGCUACUUUCUUGUUUUUGUACAUCACUAUCUUGACUGUUAUGGGUCUUAAGAGAUCUGAUAGUCUGUGUAGUUCAGUUGGUAUUCAAGGUGUUGCUUGGGCUUUUGGUGGUAUGAUCUUUGCUUUGGUUUACUGUACUGCUGGUAUCUCAGGAGGACACAUCAACCCAGCUGUGACCUUUGGAUUGUUCUUGGCAAGGAAACUGUCCUUAACCAGGGCUAUUUUCUACAUAGUGAUGCAAUGCCUUGGUGCAAUUUGUGGUGCUGGUGUUGUGAAGGGAUUCAUGGUUGGUCCAUACCAGAGACUUGGUGGUGGUGCUAAUGUUGUUAACCAUGGUUACACCAAAGGUGAUGGCCUUGGUGCUGAAAUUAUUGGCACUUUUGUCCUUGUUUACACUGUUUUCUCUGCUACUGAUGCUAAGAGAAAUGCCAGAGACUCACAUGUUCCUAUUUUGGCACCACUUCCCAUCGGAUUCGCGGUUUUCUUGGUUCAUUUGGCCACCAUUCCCAUCACCGGAACUGGCAUCAACCCCGCUAGGAGUCUUGGAGCUGCGAUCAUCUACAACACAGACCAGGCAUGGGACGACCACUGGAUCUUUUGGGUUGGACCAUUCAUUGGAGCUGCACUUGCUGCAGUUUACCAUCAAAUAAUCAUCAGAGCCAUUCCAUUCCACAAGUCGUCUUAAGUUUCCUCAAGAAGCCUUAAUCUUUCUGAAUUUUCAAGACUCUGUACCUUUUUUUGGGGGGUUAAAUUUUAAUCCUAUCCUUCUGAUGUAUUUGUAAUGUGGAUUUUCUUGUGUUCAAAUGUCUAUUAUGUGUGUAAAUUAUCAGGUUUUGUUGUACUGUACCCUAUUAAUGAAGGUUCUUUAUUUUAUCCUUUUAA